AUGAAUCCCACACCCCCAGUCCCCUCAUCGCGCUUCGAUGCGCCACGCAUCCUUGGAUCUAGAGCGUUCGUGACUCUCCACCGUUGCUCUCCCCGCUCGGCGCUCGUCCGUCACACUCAGCGUUCACGCUCCCGCUACCAGUUUGCCUUUGAGAAUUCACAAAAGCCUUCCGGGUUUCUACUCCGCAGCACCGCCGGCGCGCAGCUGCCGUCUCCGUCGUUACCCGCCCCGCUUACCUCUCGCGCGCGCUCCGUCCGCUGCUGCUCUUCCCCUCCCUCCUUCUCUUCCUCCGCCACCCCUUCCCCACAUCCAGCCUCCCCCUCCUCCCCGUCCUUUCCUCCCUCCCACUCGCCUUCUCCUCCCUCCUCUGCCCCCCUACAUCCGCUUCCGCAUGCUCUAUCUCCUACCUUCCGACCGCGCUCAUCAUCCCCACCGCCAUCCCCACCGUCUCCGCGGGCCUACCGCGCACCCGCCCGCGCGUCUCCUUUCCCCCCCGCAGCACUCCCGGCUUCCGCGCAUGCCGCUCCCAGCAGCGGACCGCGGGCUGAAACGCAGGACAGCUUGGGGAAGGUCACGGGGAGCGGAAGGGGCGGAUCGGAGCGGAGUUGGGUUAGGGGGAAGGGGGUAGAGAAUGACGGGAGAAGCGGUGCUGACAGCGGGGGCAUUGGCGGGGAAAGCGGGAGAGGUGAUGGGGCAAAUAGAGGGGAAAACUUUGCGCAACGUGGGCGGGCGCAAGCUAACGGCGGGCUUGAUAGUGCGAGUGAUGCUAGCGACGCGGGUAGGCGCGGUACUGAGGGGAACGGGAGCCUUGCGCACACACGAGAACAAACAACAGGGUUUCGAGAACGUGCAGAUAGGACAAACGAGGAGAGUGGCGAGUCACUGGGUGCGGGCGGCAGUGGCAGCAUGGUGAGGGCGCGCAAGGAAUGGAAAGCGUACGAGGGGGUAGAUAGGUCGCAACUGCGGAAACGGCGGAAGGGGAAGCAAAUUGCGGAGGAGGCGGAGCGGGGAUGGGGGGUAGGCGAGGAGAGCGUGGAUCGCGUGGUGGAGCGCGUGAUGCGGCUGAAUUUCUGGGAUGACGUGGACGGCGUGCUGAACCGGUGGAGCGGGCGCAAGAACCGGAAGCUGUUCCUUCCGCUGAUUAAAGCCGUGUCGGCGCACGGGGACCUGCGCAUGGCGCUCAAGGUGUUCGCGUGGAUGAAGGCGCAGCGCUGCUACCGCGCGCAGCCGCCCAUCUACUCGCACCUCAUCCACCUCGCCGCGCGCUCGCGCAAGGUCAACCGCGCGCGGGAGCUCUUCCGCGAGAUGCUGGAGUGGCGGUGA